GCUUGCUGUGCAUUGGCGGCUCCUCCCCUCGCACACAUUUCAACUGCUGCCGCUGCAACGGAUGGAGCGGAGCACCAGCGGUAGUUUAGGGCACCGCCGACCAUUUUAUUACCCGUCAAAGUAGCUCCCAUCUCGGAAAAGACGCGUCCAGCAACUCGGUGGUACGGAGGCCCUCUUUUUAGGGUAGAAAGUUCCGCCUUCUCGAAGACAUCGAGUGUCUCUUUUUAAUGGGCGUGUGUUAGGUGGCAGCGGCGGGGAGAACAUUUUAACCAUUUUAUGUAGGUUAAGUGAAGACAUUUUCGCCGGGCGAGGAUGGGCUGCACGCUGAGCACCGAGGACAAGGCGGCGGUGGAGAGGAGCAAAAUGAUCGACAGGAACCUGAGAGACGACGGCGAGAAGGCGGCCCGGGAGGUCAAGCUGCUGCUGCUCGGUGCCGGCGAGUCGGGCAAGAGCACCAUCGUCAAGCAGAUGAAGAUCAUCCAUGAGGCGGGCUACUCCGAAGAGGAGUGCAAGCAGUACAAGGCGGUGGUCUACAGCAACACCAUCCAGUCCAUCAUCGCCAUCAUCAGGGCGAUGGGCCGCCUCAAGAUUGACUUUGGCGACGCCGCCAGAGCCGACGACGCACGGCAGCUCUUCGUGCUGGCCGGGUCCGCCGAGGAGGGCUUCAUGACGGCGGAGCUCGCCGGCGUCAUCAAGCGGCUGUGGCGGGACGCCGGCGUCCAGGCCUGCUUCGCACGCUCGCGCGAGUACCAGCUCAACGACUCGGCCGCAUACUACCUGAACGACCUGGAGCGCAUCUCGCAGGGCACGUACAUCCCCACGCAGCAGGACGUGCUGCGCACCCGCGUCAAGACCACCGGCAUCGUGGAGACGCACUUCACCUUCAAAGACCUCCACUUCAAGAUGUUCGACGUGGGCGGUCAGCGGUCGGAGCGCAAAAAGUGGAUCCACUGCUUCGAGGGCGUGACCGCCAUCAUCUUCUGCGUGGCGCUCAGCGACUACGACCUGGUGCUGGCCGAGGACGAGGAGAUGAACCGAAUGCACGAGAGCAUGAAGCUCUUCGACAGCAUCUGCAACAACAAGUGGUUCACCGACACGUCCAUCAUCCUCUUCCUCAACAAAAAGGACCUGUUUGAGGAGAAGAUCAAGAAGAGCCCGCUCACCAUCUGCUACCCGGAGUACGCAGGCUUCAACACGUACGAGGAGGCGGCGGCCUACAUCCAGUGUCAGUUUGAGGACCUGAACAAGCGCAAGGACACCAAGGAGAUCUACACGCACUUCACCUGCGCCACCGACACCAAGAACGUGCAGUUCGUCUUUGACGCCGUCACCGACGUCAUCAUCAAGAACAACCUGAAAGACUGCGGCCUCUUCUGAUGUCUUGCCGCUGCUUUUUUUUUUGGGUGAGUUGGAUCUCGGUGCGGGAAGGCCAACGGAGCGGGGCACCCCGCCCGCCGGCGCUGUACAGUAAACGCCACGCUUAACGGCUUUUAAUUUAUCUUUUUGUCUGGGGGACAUUUUGUGUCGAAUGUUUGAAUCGUUGUCAAUAUGACAGACUUUUUUUUUUAAUCUUUUUUUGGAAGGGAAAGAUAACGGUCAUGUGGGGAAAAUGAUGUCCGACGCGUAGCUCCGCCCCCUUCCACCUACUCCAUUGUUACAUUCAGAUUCAGGGGUUCUGCUUUUUAAUUGAGGCCAUUUUGGUUCAUUCCCCUCGCACACCCACACAAAAUGGCGGAGGUUUUGACACACGAGCUCAACAUGACUUUUCACCGCAAAGAGGGAUAUCUGUACAUCACUGAAGCUUUGUCGACUCAUUUCCCUUAUUUUGAUAAUAAAAGAAAAGGAAAACA